CUAAUACGACCAAGGUGACCUUCCAAGUUAGAAACAUGAAACAUCCUUACAACCACCUCCUCCUCUUCUUCUGCUUCUGCUUCUCUCUCUCUCUCUCUCUCUCUCUCUCUCUCUCUCUCUCUCUCUCAGUAUCUAGACAAUCCAAAUCCAUUGCCGAUUAAGUUGUGAAAUUCUCGUCGAUUAUGAGGCUAUAGCAAGAUAGAAGAUAGAAGCAUGAUGGCAGAGGAAGAAACUGUCUUCAAUUGGUUAUCGUGCCGGAUUAUUUUUAUCAUCUUCUUAUUCUUCUUUUUUACAGGUCAUUUCGUUGCCGGAAUCUCCCUAGAAACAGACAGACAAGUCCUGCUCCAACUGAAAUCCUUUCUUGAGAAGAACAAUAGGGUAAACCGAGGCCGAUACAUCGAAUGGAAUGAAUCGGAGCUCUCUCCAUGCAAUUGGACUGGAAUAUCUUGCAGCAAUGACAGCAGUCGUGUUAUCGGAAUUGAUCUCUCAGGUUCAAAUAUAUCUGGUGAGUUCUUCCAUAACUUCUCUGCCCUCACCCAACUCUCCAAACUUGAUCUCUCUAAGAACACGAUCAGCGGUACGAUUCCUCCGAAUCUUGGUGAAUGCAAGAAUCUCCGAUACCUCAACCUAUCUCACAACAUCCUUGAUUCCGAGCUCAACUUGACUGGCCUGAGCAGAUUAGAGACGCUCGAUCUCACCCUCAACCGCCUACAUGGUCAUAUAGAAUCGAAUUUCCCGGGAAUGUGCAACCAAUUGAUAACCCUUAAUCUCUCGUCGAACAAUUUCAGUGGAGGCAUCUUCAACUGCUUCAAUGAAUGCCAGAAGCUUCAAUAUCUCGACCUCAGCUCGAACAAAUUCACAGGACGCAUAUGGCCAGGCUUUGCGAGGCUACAGGAGUUCUCAGUGUCUGAAAACAACCUCACUGGAGAAAUAUCCCCGCCAUUCUUCACAACAAAUUGCAGCCUGAAGAUUCUCGAUCUUUCAGUAAAUCAGUUCAUUGGACAAGUUCCGAAGGAGGUCUCCAACUGCAAUGCACUGGUACAUUUGAAUCUUUGGGGGAAUCAGUUCCAGGGAAAGAUACCACCCGAGAUCGGGACAAUUUUGGGCCUUGAAGCUCUCAACUUGGGAAAUAACGACUUAUGGAGAGAGAUACCCGAAUCACUUCUUAAUUGCAGUAAACUUACAUUCUUAGACCUGAGCAAGAUGAAAUUCGGCGGUGACAUUCAAGGUAUCUUGGGCCGGUUUCUGCAGGUGGAAUUCUUGGUCCUCCAUGGGAACUUGUACACAGGAGGUAUAAGUUUAUCUGGAAUUCUGAAAUUGCCAAAACUCAUCCGCUUAGAUCUCAGCUUUAAUAACUUCUCAGGUGAACUUCCAGUCGAUUUCUUCAAAAUGAAAUCUCUGAAAUUCUUGAUCCUCGCAAACAAUUCAUUCAAUGGAAGCAUACCGCCACAAUUUGGUGAGCUCUCAGGCCUACAAGCGCUUGAUCUGUCAUUCAACAGAUUAUCUGGGGCAAUUCCACCCUCGAUUGGGAACAUGACAUCACUCCUCUGGUUGAUGCUCGCAAACAACGGGCUAACAGGUGAAAUCCCACCAGAGAUUGGCAACUGCAGCAGUCUUUUAUGGUUGAACCUUGCAGACAAUCAUUUCUCUGGAAAGAUCCCCGCCCAACUGUCGAGAAUUGGCAGCAACCCAUACCCAACGUUUGAAUCGAAUCAACGGGAUGACCGGGUCGUGACUGCAUCCGGCGAAUGCAUCAUCAUGAGGCGAUGGAUUCCAGCGACCUACCCACCAUUCAGCUUUAUCUACACUCUUCUCAGCAGGAAGAGCUGCAAAAGCAUCUGGGUGCGUUUGCUCACAGGCCAGGGACUUUUUCCGAUUUGCCGUGGCAAUUCAGCUGUUCAACGGUUGGAAAUAUCUGGCUAUCUACAGCUGAGUGGGAAUAACUUCUCUGGUGAGAUUCCAAAGGAGAUUGGAGAAAUGCAGAAUUUCAGCCUUAUGCAGGUGGGCUUUAACCAAUUCUCUGGAAGGCUCCCAACUACGAUCGGACAGCUACCACUUGUAGUCCUCAAUGUCUCCAACAAUCGAUUUUCAGGAGAAAUUCCAUCUGAGCUUGGCGACAUCAAAUGCUUGCAGAAUCUUGAUCUGUCGAGGAAUAAUUUUUCUGGGAAGUUCCCUGAAAGUCUGGGUCGACUCACCGAUUUGAACAAAUUCAAUGUCUCUUAUAAUCCGUUCAUCCAUGGCUCCGUUCCGACUACUGGGCAACUGUCGACUUUUGAUGAGGACUCAUUCUUCGGUGAUCCGAACCUUAAUGUAAGCACAGUUAAGUUGGGCAGCGACUCGAACAGAACUAGGACUUGGCACCAGAAAUCAAAGAAAUCACCGGGAAGAAAGGCUGCGUACUUUGUUUUCCUUGCAUUGACCAUUGUAUUCCUCGUCUGCGGUAUCCUGUCCUUAAUUCUCUGCCUUCUAGUCAGAAAUCCAUCAAAUUCUGCAGGGCUGCUAUUGGAGGAGUCCAAGCAUCCACAUGACAUGGCCUCCAGCUCUGGUGGAUCAUCAGAGAUGUCAAAUGCCAUUCAGGUGAUCCAUUUGGGCAAGAUGCCAUUUACCUAUGACGACAUUUUAAACGCGACAGGGCGUUUUUCAGAGAAGAUGGUCGUCGGGAAGGGAGGUUUUGGAACGGUUUAUCGGGGAGUGCUGCCAGAUGGUAGGAAAGUGGCUGUCAAGAAGCUGCAAAGAGAAGGCCUUGAAGGGGAGAGAGAGUUUCAAGCUGAAAUGGAGGUGCUGAGCUGUGGCGGUGGCCGUAUUGGGUGGCCCCACCCGAACCUUGUAGCGCUUUUCGGGUGGUGCCUGUUUGGAGCUGAGAAGAUGUUGGUUUAUGAGUACAUAGAAGGAGGAAGCUUGGAGGAUUUCGUGUCGGAUUGGAGGAGGCUUCAAUGGCGUAGGCGGAUCGAGGUGGCUAUUGACGUGGCCCGUGCAUUGUUAUUUCUACACCACGAAUGCUUCCCAGCAGUUGUGCACCGUGAUAUUAAAGCAAGCAAUGUAUUGUUGGAUAAGGAAGGGAAAGCAAGGGUUACAGAUUUCGGCCUAGCGAGGCUUGUAGGGCCCGGCGACAGCCAUGUAAGCACAAUUGUAGCAGGGACGAUUGGGUAUGUGGCUCCUGAGUACGGGCAAACAUGGCGGGCUACGACUAAGGGCGAUGUUUACAGCUUUGGGAUCCUAGCUAUGGAAUUGGCGACGGGUAGACGGGCUGUCGACAAUGGGGAAGAGUGUUUGUUGGAUUGGGUUAAACGAGUGUCAGGUGAAGGAUACGAGGGGCUCAGGGGAGCUGUGGUUCCAGUGAUGAUUUUGCGUACGGAUAUAGAAGAGGGGCUGAGGGAGAUGUGUGAGCUUCUGAGGCUUGGACUUUGGUGCACGGCAGAGGCACCGCAGGGUCGACCAGACAUGAAGCAGGUGCUAGGAGUUCUGAUAAGGAUUUAUUGUGAGAAAAGCAAUUUACAGUGCCUAUGACUGUUAUGAUUAGUAAGAAGAAGGUUAACAUGUUCAUAGUUUAUACUUGUGUUGGACGCCGUCGGAGAGAGCAGCAGAUUGAGUUUGUUGCGGACAUUGUCUCCGGCCAUUUCAAAGUUUGAAUUUUGAUAUGCUUGUUUUGAGAUUCCUACCCACCCGAAUGCAGGGGAUUUGUAUACAUAAUAGUUUCCCCGUGUUCAUUCACAUUCUUCCUGGAAUAGAAUUUUAUGUGGAUUCAUCUUGUUUAAACUCAUGUAUUGUUUUUAGCCUAGAAAUAAGAUUAUUUUUAUUUAUUUAA